UAGGCCUGUCCUCUUCCGUUCAAUCGUUUUUAGAUAAUCACAACAAUCAUGGCGACUUACACACAGGUCGGCAGGUUGUUGGGUGUUUCAGCGAGACUUUCACGUCCUGGAUAUCAGUGUGCCGCAUUACAUUGGCCUUCACAUAACACAGGAGUCUCGAACAGAUGGCCACAAAACCCCCAUUGGGUUGUUCCUGGAAGGACAAUGUUUGUGCAGACACAGGACACACCAAAUCCAAACAGCCUAAAGUUUCUGCCCGGCCGCACAGUUCUCGAAUCAGGAACUAUGAACUUUGCCGGCCCUCGUGAUGCUCACUGCUCGCCCUUAGCCAGACAGCUGUUUAGGAUUGAUGGAGUCAAGAGUGUCUUCCUUGGCCCUGAUUUCAUCACCAUAUCAAAGGCUGAUGAUAACAUGGAGUGGAAAGUAAUCAAGCCUGAUGUAUUUGCUGCCAUCAUGGACUUUUUCACCUCAGGGCUUCCAGUUGUAAAUGAAGGCAGCGUACCUAGUGCUGAUACAGCACCUUCAGAUGAUGACGAUGAAGUUGUUGCAAUGAUCAAAGAGCUUUUGGACACUAGAAUAAGGCCAACAGUACAGGAGGAUGGAGGGGAUGUUCUGUAUCGGGGCUUUGAGGAUGGAAUUGUUAAACUGAAGUUGCAGGGGUCUUGCACCAGUUGUCCCAGCUCCAUUAUUACUUUGAAGAGCGGAAUUCAAAACAUGCUGCAGUUUUACGUCCCUGAGGUCGAAUCAGUGGAGCAGGUAAAGGAUGAAGAUGAGGAGGAGGCUGCCCAAGCCUAAACUGCAAAAACCUGGAGAACAUUUACACAUUCCUCCCUUCCCCCCAGCCACCUCCUUCUAUGCCAUAGUUUCAACACAAUGAGCUACUUUAUCACAUAGCUGUGUAGAAGAACAAGUCAUCCUCCAGACGUUAUCAUUGACCUCGAUGAUUUUCUCUUUAAAAUGACAGUAUUUUAAGAACAGGGACACAAGAGCCCUGUAAUUAAAAAAAAACAGUUGAGCUAAAAUAAAUGUAUUUAUUAUUAUUUCACUUUGUUACACCUUUUCUGAUUUAUUCUCAUGUCAUGAACAGCUUUUAGGAUUUCAACAAAUACACUGUAUUUAUAUAAAUAAAGUUUACGCCAGUA